AGGUGCAGUCAGUUGUGAAGACGAUCGUUGACAAGGAAGGCAAGAUUGACGUAGUCGUCAACAACGCUGGAGUGGCUUGCGCAGAUGGCGUCACUUCAAUACAUGGAGGCGCGGCCGUUCAACGUCUCCGUGAUGCAUGUCUCUCCCGGGAUGCAUUUACUCGGAUGGCUGGAAUCGAUGCGCGGCUUAGCCAAAACUGAAGGCAUGCCGACGGAUGACUUCGCCCGGCGCGUAGUCUCCUCAGCCUGGCAGGCCCAUCCCCCGAGACAUUUCAUUCUGGGUAAAAUGUCAACAACAGUUGCAUGGGUUACUCAAUUGAUGCCGCGAGGCUGGCUCUUAAAGAUGAUUUGGGGUGCGUUCGCGGGGAAGCCCAAACCAAAGGUCGAUUAGUUCCGGCCUGUACUUUCUGUUGCCUCGUUGGACAGCCCGUUGUGUUCGCGCUCACCCGGGAACGGUCGCUACUAGUACCCGCGUAUUUGUAACUUAGAUCUUCCCACAUUCUGAAUAUAGAUGACCCUGCAGACUUGCCGCU